AUGAGCGCCGAUCACCUAAAAUACGGCGAGAAGUUGUGGGUCGAGACGCCCCUGAUACGUUCUACACACCUCUCAUCGCUGCUGCACUGCAAUGUAUACCUCAAGCUGGAGACGCUACAGCCAUCUCAAUCUUUCAAAUACCGUGGAAUUUCCCAUUUCGCGCAGCAUGCCCUGCGCACGCAUGGUCAAGAUGUCCACCUCAUAAUCGCAUCGAGCGGUAACGCUGGGAUCGCUGCCGCUUGCGUUUCCAAGGUCUUCAAGCUUCGGUGUACCAUCUUUCUGCCUCAGGGAGUCAGCGACUCUACCAUCGAAUUUAUGCGUAGAGAAGGCGCAGAGGUUGUGGUCACGGAAGGUACCUAUUACUCGCAGGCACUGCAAUGCGCGAAGGCGGCCGUCGAAGCCGAACCCAAAGCAGUGAUGGUACCCGGAUACGACAACCCUAUACUGUGGGAAGGGCACGCAAGUAUGGUGCAUGAAAUCCAGCGCCAGCUGCCUGACGGCACACGUCCGGAUGCUAUUUUCUGCAGUUUGGGUGGUGGCGGUCUGGCGGGUGGCAUCAUAGAGGGUUGUAAAGUUGUUGGCUGGGAUGACGUACCACUUGUAGGCGUCGAGACCCAUGGCUCAAACUGCUUCUACCAGUCGCUGUCUCUGAACGACGGGCCAUUCGUGGGAGAGGCAGCCUCGCGGGCCAUCUCCGAAGGUACCAAAGCAGAGAAGAACGUCGAGCAUGGCGUGAGCGUCGCUCACCUUUCGUCGUUGCCAUCGAAAGCGACAUCUCUUGGCGCGUCCUCGCCUUCCGGGGCGGUGGUCAAGAAGAUGUUGGAAAGGAAGGGCGGCGUGAGGAGCGUGUGCAUCCCCGACGAAAUGGCGAUGCAGGCUGCUCUCAACUUCGCAGAGGACCACAAAACGCUGGUUGAGCUCGCAUGCUCAGCAACUAUCGCCCCUGCAUACAAACCGAGCGUCUUCCGCAAGUUGGUGCCGGAGUGCGCACCAGGUAUGAAGCUUGCAAGUAUCGUGUUGGUCCUUUGCGGUGGCUUCAAGGUCUCGUUGGCCGAGAUGGAGGAGUACAGGCGGAUUGUGGCCGCGGAUGUGGUCGCGGGAGGAGAUUGGGUCAUCACAUGCAACGGAGAAACAUUCGCGGCUUCGAAGGUGUAG